AUGGCACAAGCGGAAAAGAAGGAGCGCACUGACAAUUCAUCGUACAAAAGUGUACGUGCUACCGGUGGUACUUCCAGAACUUCGAGGGAGCCAAGUCCAGAAGUUCCUCCAAAGAGCUUCAGAGUUUACCCGGGAGUGUCGAAUUAUGGACGCAGCGCAAGUUCAACUGAAGCAACACCAAUUGCCCCGAGGUAUCCAAGCUCAUCUAGAUACGCUCCCUCUACAUCACGUACUGGUGAACGAACAGCAAACCCCGUUGGCUAUUCAAACUCAGAGAGACUGCGUUCACCCAGUGUGAAAAUACCUUCAAACUUCAAAGAAGAAUGUAAGACAUUGCCGUUGGCCAGUGGUGAGAUUGCGAGUGAAAAACCGAGGGAGAUUGAAAAUAGUGGUGGGACGAAAAGGCCGGAAACAACAAUUCCCAAGGAAAAUGAAAACUGUCACCAAGAGGCCGAGGUAGAUACCGAUGUUGUAACAUUAACAGUCAUUUCGAGAGGCACAUCACCAGGACCACCGGCAUCAUCGUCAUUCGUUCGUAAUCGACGUGCUGAGGCAGCGAGACUAAUACAAAAGGAAAUAACAAAGCUGAGGAAUAAAUCUGAGACGAAGGACGCAGAAAUACAGUCGGAUAAGCCUGAGGAUUCUUCAAUCCGCUACUCGAGAUACUCCAGUGGAAGAGUUUGGCCCUCGUACCUCGACAAAUUCACGUCCUCAGGUUCUUACUCUCGGAAUUAUACUCCAAGAAUCGCUGGUUUCGGUUACGAGCGUCAGUCUUCUGAUUCACGAGACAAAUCCGCACGAGUUGAUGCACCAGAUAAAGAAUCCAUUCAAGACAACAAUUUUGAAUGUGAUAAUGAUACGCAAGUGCCUAUGGACUCGGUAAACAAGGGGAAUCCCAGUGGUGAUGGGACAAAGUCAAGAAGUGGGGUUGGUUACACGGCAUCAUCUACUGGUCAAAAUGACGCGGAAAAAGAACAGAAGAGGGCCAGUACACCGCGCAGAUACAGUCGCUCUCCUAGUCAAAAAUUGCAAUCAUUUAAUCACGAUAGAUCUGAUGAUUCAAGGGGUGAUAAAGAGAUGAAGAAGCGUGGAGGCUCAACAGCAUCAUCAGAGGGUGUAGCCAAGUUAUCGCGUAAUAGUUCAGGAAAGUCCCUGAAUCAACGUCAAAUGACGCGCACCGACUCGUCGGAUUCGUCUGUCAGUUUGCCAACUGGCAGAUCUAAAGCCUCGAUCGCUUCUAGUCAUCAGGCAAAAAUAAGAGGCAACGGAUCUCAGUCGUUGGUGUCCAGUGGUAAAGUGAAUAGCGUCAGGACAAGUGGUUCAGAGGCACGUGGAAAACCUCCGGUGCCUAAAUCCUGUGAGGUUAAUCCAAAUAUGAAGGUAUCACCAGCGACAAAAUAUGUAAAUAAAGAUUUUCGCAAGUCUGCUCUUAAUAUGCCGGAUGGUACUGAGGCUAUGAGACUUCAGUAUGACAGGAAGAGAGGGAAAAAUGUUCAGAGGAGUGUGUCAAUGAGUUCACAGGACUCAGAGUCGAAUAACAGCGAGACGAGUUGGAUGAAAUGCUCGAAUGCCGUUGGAAGUGGUUCAUCACUCCAGGGAUUACAGACCACGAGGAGUGGAUCCAAGGUGAGGGGUAAAAAUUCAAGUUCAGAGUGCAGUGACACCAGCAGUGGCUCCUCGAGUGAGGACGAUGAGGGGUCUAAGAGGAUUCGGUGUAAGAGAAUUUCCAAUUCACCGAUGAUGGAGAGGAAGAGGGCAAUCAGUGGUGAUUCCUCGAGGACGAGUGCACUUCCGUCAUCCGCUGAUGAGUUGUCACUCAAUACAGAAAAACCGCCGAGGCUGUCUUCAGGUUCACGAUCACCGAUUCAUAGGUCACUGAAAUCAGAGGAUGCCAAAUCAUUUUUAAUAAGAGCACUGACACCUGUCACGAAUUUUAUGAGGUGUAAGGAGGAUAGGGAGGUGGAGGAGAGUGUGGAGGGAGUCAGGGUAUCGGGGUCAAGCUCGGUGAGCAAAUCAGUUUCGACGGGCUUGGGAAAUAGCCGGUGUUUUUCACGCGAAAAGAGUUGCGAGGGAGUGGGACAGGGGACACUCAGGCAUCAAUCAUCGGGGGAGAAGCCCUGGUGGAUGGACUCGAACUCUGAGAAUGUGCCCGAGGGUGUUGAGAGGAUGAGCGUUUGUCAGGAUGACAUCAGCCAGGAGACAACUGUCAGUACCAAUCUUCCUGAUGAUGGUAAAUUCAAGACACGAAUUUGCAGACAGGAUUCAGAGGAGCGUCCCUGGUGGUUGGACACAGAUGAUCCGAAAAAGUCCACGUCAGCAUCGCCAGUGUCACGAAAAAAUUCAAGUCGCACAUCAAAUGAACGUAGAAAUCGGUUAAAGCAUCAGCAGUCUGGUGAGAGAGCCUGGUGGUUGAGUGAGGAUCCAACAGACGUGCCUGAGGGCAUUGAGGUUUAUCCCCCAGUUGCCAUAGUGUCACCGAUAAGCGUUAGCAACCCCAGUGGUGACAACUCAGUGAGUCUCGUUGAGGACGAGACACAUACGAGAAGCCACCGGAGGAUAAGUCACGUUGAGUCCGGUGAGAGGGCUUGGUGGAUGGACAGUAAUUCCAAUAUACCAGAUGGCAUUCAAAAAAUAACACCAGACCGAGAGACUAACAGUCAUUCCGAUGAUUCGGACGAAUCAUUUGAUAAAUUCGAUGUGGCACAGUCCAACUCCCAACAAUCGAAUUCAACCUCGAGAUUUCCAAUUCCAUUUUCAACGACUCAGGAUGAACCUCUUGGUGAUCGAGCAAGUCCCGAGGGGAUCGAGAAUCCACCAGAUCCCCCUGACUGUUACGAGGGUCGGGGAUCACCCUACGACAACGUUCAGUCACUUGGACGCUCGACACCCCGUAAAUCUUACAGGAAACGGCCAUCAACUCUACCCCUCUUCAUUGGUAACCACACAAACAUAGACGAUCUACUUGGCCAAGUAACACCACGCCACAGUCCUAUAAUGUCCCGUAUACGCAAACAGCAAAUGAUGGAGGACGAUUUGGAUGAGAGUUCUGAAUGCGAGGAGAUUGAUGCAGAUCAGGUGAUUAUCCAUGACAGCACACCACAGACACCAGUGAUACAGCGACGUGGCAGGGACACUGAGAGACCACAGCCAGACGGUUACAUUCCGUUGGAUGACACAGCGCUUCAACUUUACAAGGAUGGCGAUUAUGGUGCCUACCUAGAUCUUGAAGCUUCCAUCAGCGAGCAGCAGGAGGAGUUCGAGGGCUUUCAGACAAAGUGA